GUUGCGUGGACCGUCGCAACUCCCGCGACGUCCGAUACCUCUAGCGAGACGCUCGAUGAUUCGGCCACUAGAGCCUAAGGGGUGGUUUUUUGUGCAGCCUGGUGAGCACAAACGGAAGCCCAAUGGUAUCUUGGGUCUUUUGUGCCGGCUGCACUUCUCCGGACUCGUGAUGCAUGCCGGGGUGCUGGAGCCGGCAUACACGUGGGACCACUACAUGGCCAGCCCGGACGCUACUGAUCGCGAAGGAAGGAACUUUACCACCAAAGCGAGGCGGGUGGUCGGGGAGUUGUGGGAUUUCUACAGGUGCGAGGAAGGCUAUGAGGCCCGGGCGAACGAGCGGGCUCACCAGGCUUGCUACAAGCUGGUGAAGGACAUGCACUAUGAGGCGCGUGUCCAGGCCGUCAUUGUGUACUGCGCCGAAUUCGAGAAGAGGAGUGUCAAGAAACCAGCCGCAAGGGACAUCUUUCUCACAUGA